AUGGCGCCAGUCAACGUCGUAAUCUCGGGGCUCCCCUCCUCCCCAUCCACUCUCUGUUUGCAAGUCGGCGACUCCCACGCCGCCCUCCCUGCCUCUCUCGUCUCCGACGCCCUCAUCGCCGCCACUGGUAUACCACCCUCCUCCUUCUUUCUCCGUUCCCACGCCGGCCUGCUCCGCCCGCAUGCCCAUGUUACCGUGCCCGGCCAGCACACGGCCUUCGUCGCCAUGUGUCUUCGACGCGCCCUACCAGGGGGUAAAGGAGGUUUUGGCGCCAUGCUAAGGGGAGGUGCUGCCCCGAGUAAGAAGACGAGCAAUUUUGACGCCUGCAGAGACUUGCAGGGGAGGAGGCUUCGGCACGUGCGCGACGAGAUUGCCCUCAGGGAGUUUGCCCGCGCGAGAAGAAGCGGCGAGGGUGCCAGCCAGGGGACGGACAUGCACACCGUUAGGAAGAGAUGCCGAGAGGAGACUGAUCAGGCGAGAGCUGCCGAGCUCGAGGACAAGUCGGUCGAUCCGGAGGAACUUGAGCAGGAUAUGGAGCGUAUUGCGGGGAGUGUGGAAAGCGCGGUCGCUGAUGCGGUGGGCACGCUGCAGUCGAGACAGAAACGUCUUAGGACGUCGCCAUUGCCUGAAACUCGUGCGAGUCCGGUGCGCGCAGAUGACUGGAUGAUGGAUUACGAUGGGGUGUCGUCGUCGGACAGUGAGGAUGGCGAUUGUGGGAAGAAGCUAAUGGGUUCCGAAGCUGACCAGACCAUGGCUGCUGAUACGCGACCUGCUUCUGCCCAAAUUGUGCUGCGAUGA